AUGACUCCGGAGGUUAGGUGUGCGGUGGUUGGUAAUGUAGAUAGCGGAAAGUCAACAACAUUGGGGGUCCUAACUCGGGGAGCCCUUGACGAUGGGAGAGGUCGCGCACGCGUAGGACUUUUUCGGCACAAGCAUGAAGUCGAGACAGGACGAACCUCAAGUGUCGGGAUGGAGAUUCUUGGCUUCGCGCCUUCUGGGGAGCCGAUAUUGCCAAACAUCGCAAACUUGACAGAUCCAGAUGUUCUGCGGCGUGAGAAGUUGGGUUGGGAAGAAAUAUCUGUGCAGGCUGCAAAAAUUAUCUCUUUCAUUGAUUUGGCUGGCCACGAACGAUAUCUGAAGACGACAUUAUACGGUCUCACAUCGGGGGCUCCAUCUUGUGUAAUUCUGAUGGUAGGAGCUAAUGCAGGGCUGAUAGGGAUGUCCAAGGAGCAUCUUGCCAUCGCCCUAGCUUUGAGCGUCCCGGUCGUGGUUUGCAUCACAAAGAUUGACAUGACCCCACCAAAUGUCCUAGCAGAGACGGUGAAACAGGUUGUCAAGAUUCUAAAAAGUCCCGGAUGCCGAAAAACCCCAGUCUUUGUCAAAUCAGUAGAAACCGCGGUCGAACUCUCGACUUCAUUCGGAACUGAUAGAAUAUGUCCAAUUUUUCAGGUUUCCAAUGUCACUGGUGAAGGACUCGACUUUGUUCGAACAUUCUUAAACUUGCUGCCAUCCAGUGAGGCGGACAGCGAAAAAUUUGCGGCUGAUCAGCCACUUGAGUAUUCCGUGACCGAGGUAUGGUCCGUUCCGUACGUUGGCACGGUUGUCAAUGGCAUCAUGAAUGCGGGGAGCGUUAAGACUGGCGACGCGGUUCUUCUAGGCCCUGACUCCAAUGGUCACUAUCAAUCAACAGUGAUAAAGAGCAUGCAAAGAAAAAAGGCCCCCGUGACGAGUGCGGAGGCUGGUCAAUGCGUUUCUUUCGCGUUAAAACGCGUGCGACGUGCGGCCGUGCGGAAAGGAAUGGUAUUGGUGAAUAAGACUGACACGCCUCCGCCUAUUCGUCAGUUUGAGGGACAAGUGCUGAUUCUCUAUCACAACACAACUUUACAGAAGAACUACCAGGCGAUGUUGCACUGUGGCGCUGUCCGACAAACUGUUAGAAUCAUUGGAAUGGACCACCCACAGGGAGUCCUCCGCACGGGAGAUCGUGCGACCGUUCAAUUCGAAUUCAUCUCUCACCCAGAGUUUGUAAAAGAAGGUAUGAAAUUGCUUUUUAGAGAAGGAAAGACAAAGGGACUUGGGGUCAUUACACGUGUAUUAUAA